AGAAUGGUGGAAGUUCCGUCUUUUCGGUCAAAUGAACAUUUCCCACAGCUCUGCGACAAAGUCACGGUCAAAUGGGACAAAAAACGUGGAAGAUUUGUAGAAGCAAUCGAAGAUAUUCCUAUUGGAACUGUUGUCUGUGUGGAAACGGGAAUCACCGUGAACGUUGAUCCACAAAAUUGUUAUCGAUGUCUGAAAAUAACCGAAAAUGCGUCAUUUGCAUACUGCAAAAACUGCGAGGAGUUUUACGAGCCAGACGAAAUAGCUUGUGGAGAAUUUGAUGAGCUCGGAAUUUUCAAACUCGCUGCGCAUCUGGUGUUUUCUUACCCUUUUGCGGAUAUUGCAUCGCUUGUUCAAUCGAGUGAUCCAGAACCACCAAGUUGUGCCCCGAAAGCACUUUCCACUCAGGAUAUUGAAGCAAUCUUCCAGUUGACACCGUUUCCAGAAAUUGGAGAAGCUUUCAAAGCGCCGGCGAUUCAAAAUGCAAUAAAAAGAAUAGUGGAAUCAUUAGAAACUGAUGAAAAUUGGGGAAGAUUGGAUCAAAUUAGUCGAACAAUGACAUUUACAAAAGCUUUGAGAAUAAUGGCCGAAAGAUCUGCAAAAAAUGCACACACAAUAUACAGCAUUGAACAAAUAGAAAGCCAAGAAGACAAUCUACCGAUGGCUACUGGACUUUUCCCAAUUUCGUCGAUUUUUAAUCAUUCCUGCACUCCAAAUAUUUCUGGAUUCUUUGUCCGGAACACGUUCAUCUUUGUCAGCCAGGGAGUUCGAGCAAGAGAGGAGCUUCUUGAUAGCUAUGGAGUCACAUAUCAUCAACAUACUUUUGAGCAGAGAACUAAUUUCCUUGCAAGUGUAUCAGGAUUCAUUUGUCAUUGCGAAUCGUGUUUCAAAAUGAAAAGCUUGAAGGUACUCGAAAAACCCAAAAAGUAUCCUGAAACUAUUGCGACGAAUGCAAGUUGCUUUACCGACAUCACAAGUUACACUGAGAAUAUACCACGUGGAUCGAAGGAACUUGAGAACUUGAUCAUUGCAUUCGCUCGGAGACCCGAUUCAGAAACCUACACGGAAUUGAUUUUUCAAUUUUGGAAGAAGUUUGUGGAAAAUGCGAAAUUUCGUGGAAUCACUUAUGAUCCAUAUUUGGUACGUCCCUAUGUCGAGAUGACGAUACUUGCAUGGAACAAGGAGGUCGGAUGCGAAAAUGAAGAAAAAAUGUCACUUUUAAUAGUAACUCAUCGACUUCUUCGGAAUUGCUAUGUUGAUUUACAUCCACUCUCGGAGUAUGUUCGAUAUUAUGGAGACGCAGAAAAAAAUUUUGGCUCGUCGUCAAACUCGUCAAUGUCGUUGCCAAUCAGAAUGCUGACGAAAUUAACAGAACGCUAGAAAAACUGAAAUUACGAGCAAGAAUGCUGUGGAAAUACUCGGAACAAUCAGAGGAUCUUUGAACGUUUACUAUUCAUUAUUAUUGCAUCGAUUACCCCUUUUUAAUUUAUUCCCUACGAUUUUCAAAACUGAUCUCCACCCUUUUCCCGCCAUUGAACUAGUUCAUCAAACACAUUUAAUCUGCUCGAUUAGUUGUUCUAUUCCGGAAUUUCGAGCAUUUGAACUGCUAAAAAUAGACUUGCUGAUAAAAAUAAAAUGACUUGUUAAUUAGAA